AUGUCGAAUGCACCAUUCCCUUCAAAACACUCUUCAAUCUUGUCAUUUGAUCUCGUUUGCCACCUUCUAAACCUGCCUUCAUGGUAUGAACCAAUAUCCGAUAAAGAAUUGGAGCAGAUAGUACUAUCCCAAUCGACUGAUAUCGAGAUUCUAUCACAAAAAACCAAUGAUGAAUUAGCGAGAUUCAUUAUUUACCUUCGACAACGGGUUGAGCUUGAAGAGGGAUAUCAAAACUCUCUGGAUCGAAUCCUUCACAACCUUGAACUCCCUGCAUGUGAUCCUGACAUGGCAACGGGUAUCCACAAGGCAUUCGCUGCCCAUGUGGAGGUGGAUACACAACAACGGUCAGCUCGUACACACUAUAUCCAAACCAUGAAAGGUCAAUUGCAACGUUUAGCCGAACUCAAGGAGAAACAUGAUAAAUCAAGAAGGCAUCACCGAAAGGCAAUGCGAGGUGUAGCUCAACAAUACUUAAAGACACGGUUACGUGAUCUCCCAGCAGCACGAGAUGCUUAUGAACAUAAAUGGCAAGACAUUGAGCGUACACAAGCCAUGUCACCUACUACAGCAACUCCCAGCACACCUACCAGCGGUGGUAGUCAUGGAUUCAAAGGCGUCAUGAGCAUGCUUCCACCAGCGACACCAAAAAGCGGCAACCAGGAUCAUGAUCCACAACAACAUGCUUCACCAGAAAAGGCAAAUCCCACCGUAUCCCGCAGUGCAACCAUGGGUGUUGUUGGUAGUAAGAAACCAUCCAUUGAUUUACCUUCCACGCCCAUGACACCCACAUCCACACAGCGAAAAUUGGAACGCUUCAUGAAACAAUUUUCGACCUUUAAUCAAGAUCCUUCUCGUAUCACGGCCAAAACAGCACGACUUAAAAAUGAAGCCAUUGAAGCAGAUAAACAUUAUCGAAAGACGGUGUUGAGAUUGAAUCAUUUACGAGGUCGGCAAUCAGCCGUCAAUGAUGCGGCAAGAAGGGCUAUCCAGGCCCAGUUUGAAGAGAACGCACGCUCCAUCAAAGAUGCAACCCAAAUCAUUGUCAAAGCAGAGACCGGCACAUUGGAUGAUAUUAAACACCACUUGCGUCGUGCAGAGGAAUUAUUGACCAGCAUUGAUCCCACACGUGAUCCAGCAUUGUAUGACACGCUUGUUCAUCCUGAAAAAUACCCUGUGCCUGAUCCAGUGUAUUAUCAAAAUCAUCAUGUGGGUGAAUGUCCAUAUAUGCUCUUUGGAAUAUCAUUGAUUGAUUACGCACGCCAAUAUCGACGUUCACCGCCCUUGCUUAUUACCCGAUGCAUCGAAUGUAUUGAGCAACAAGAAGGCCUUGCUAAGGAAGGCAUUUAUCGCGUGUCGGGCAAACAAACACACAUUGACAAGUUGAAAUCUGCUUUUGAGCGUGAUGAACCCAACGUGGUUCCUGGCAAGGACGAUGUACCAGGAGAUGUGUAUAGCGUGGCUUCACUGCUAAAGAUCUUUUUACGAGAGCUAUCAUCACCUGUUUUUCCUUUCAAAUUGAGCGAUCGAAUCACUUAUUCCCAAAUCCCGGAUAAGCAGCUUCGAUUGAUGAAUCUCUUGACACGUCUCAUCAAAUUACCACCACCCAAUUAUGAUACCCUAAAAGCUGUGAUUGAACAUCUUGCCAGAUUGAUUGCACUCGCAGAGAAAAACAAAAUGUCAGCGCAAAACAUCUCGUUGGUAUUUACACCUGCCUUAUUCCAUGAUCAUAACCAAGCACAACGGUCACCAGGAGAAUGGUACAAUGAUUGUGUCAUUGAAGAUCUUGUCAUGAACUGUGAAACCUUGUUUGCUGAUAAGGAUUUACGUGGUGCUUCAGCUAUCACGGGCGUCAUUGAUUAUGGAUUUGAGCAUCUUUAUGAGGAUCAUGAUGACGAGAACCUCUACAACUAUGAUAAUGAUUCACCAUCUACCACAUCCACUUUUUCGAUCUUGGAGCAGUCGCUAUCGGAUGAUGAGUCCAACAAGGAUGCCGUUGUGGAUGAAAAUAGUAAUAAGGAUAAGGAUGCUGAUGAUACAACAUUGCUUGUUUGUGAUACGACGACAAGUCCUGAGGAGAAACGUAAAUCAAGGAAAGCUCAUGGUCUAAAAGUCGACACAAAGCCUCCUGAGGAGGAACAAGAAAUGACUUCAUCAACACGCGAACAUGAUCAACCACCACCACAGCAACCACAAGAACAGGUGCCUUUUGCUACCACCAUUAAUAGUGCCACCAUCCCAACAAGCACAUCAUGGUUAAAUCAAGAUCCUGAGAUUGACAACAAAAAGGCCGCUGCAGUGCCGCCCCCACUUCAGCGCUCUGCUACUAUAGGAGGGGGUGCGAUAUCAAGACAUCGAUCACGACAGAAGUUCUCAAAGCGUAUUAAUUGA